AGGACGCCUUGUAUCGUACCCGGGACCAACUCACUUCGAAAUCGGGCCACAUCAACCGUAAAUUCUGAAAGUUUAUUGGAGUUUACGAGGAAUGGUCUCGGUCCCGGAAGAGCGGGAUGAACGACGUCGAUGUUCUCCGGAUUGCCACGGCCAGGUACGAGGAAGGACGUGAUUCGGUGUUGGAGGUGGAGGAGGGAGAUUAUGACAAGUGUAACACCGACACCCCUAUCCGCAAAAUGGGCGAUGGAUAUUCAGUUUUCGAGUUGGACAGAUUCGGAUCCUUUCAUUUCAUCUCUGGAAAUCGAGAAAGUUGUGAAAAGGGACAAAAGAUUGUGGUUGUUGUUGUCACGGUGAGAAACCAAAGCACUCCCGUCACCGCUCCGGUGGCUAAGGGUUGUCCCUCAACGGCAAAGGCAUCACCGCCAGUAACUCCGGUGGAAGAGUCCCCUCCGACUCCGUCCGAUCCCGUCACUGCUCCGGCAGCCAGGGGGUGUCCCUCAACGGCAAAGGCACCACCCCCGGUUGCGCCGCCUAUAACUCCGCCGGAAGUGUCCCCUCCGACUCCGUCCGAUGCCACUUCUUAUGGGUGCCCGAACACUCCACCUGCCAAUGUUGCACCAGUAGCAGAGCCUCCUAACAAAGGGUCCCCGGUUCUUCCCCCAAACACUACAUCUUCGGAUGUUGCACCGGUGGCAGAACCUGAUGAAGUGGCCUCGAAUAUUUCGCCGCCAUCACCCCCUCCGGGAGAGGGUUGCAACAUUUCAGACAUCCGAAGUGAUCCAGCCAAUGUUCCCCGCAAACCGCCAAAGUCGUUUGCGGCAGCACCAGCGGGAACUCGAAUUUCAGUGGCCUUGGUUGUGGCCAUCUUGCUUACCAUAUGCAUAUAGUAAGAUAUGGAGAACUCAUUUCU